CCAUAAAUUUUGACGUUUAUUUAACCUAAAUAAAAUUUCUGUAGAUUGGUAUAUAGUAUAUAAUUUUGUGUAUCUAACUUUUGUGUUUUUUUUAUCUAUUUACAAUAUUUACCUAAAAAAUCCGUACCUAAAUUAUUGGUUUGUAAGCUAUACUUUUCUUGAUUGUGUUACUGUACUUUUAAUCAUACUUGCAAAUAUACUAAAUAAGUUAAAAGUGACAUUUUACAUAUUGGCAAUAUUUUUGUGAAAUUCCUUCUUCUGGUAUUAAUGGAUAGAGAAAAAUUAUUAAGUGAGUAUCGAGCAAAGAAAGAAAAAGAAGAGUUAAUAAACGAGUACAAAGAAAGAAUAAAGCGGUUUUUUAUAACGAGACCAAAGCAAUCGUUUGAGGAACCCCAGUUACAAUCAAAAGCCAGUAUUACAACAAAGACUCCAUAUACUAAUCGACAAAAUGACUCUACGUCUGACCCAGAUGUGACAGAAUCUGCAUGUAGUGAGUCUUCCGUACUUGAUGAUUGUGAUAUGGAAUGGAACCAAAAAAAUAUUACCACUAGUAUUAUUUACUAUGUGUUGUGGUUUUUGUUAUGGGUAACUCUUUUUGCAGUUUUUAUUGAAUUGGGGUUUGGUAUAAUUUACCUCAUUAUAUCUGCAAUUAUUGGAAUGUAUAUAAAUACCAGAACUGAUCCUAAAAGACCUGAUGAAGUAAGUGCAUAUUCGGUGUUUAAUAAAAACUGUGAAAGCAUUGAUGGGACGCUAAAAGCAGAACAUUUGGAACGAGAUUUGUUUUUUAGUGCUGGUCAUUUAAAAUAGUAGAUCUGUUUAAUGUAAUAUUUAAUAUGCUGAUGUUUAUUUCAAUAAAGAAAAUUAAUAUACA